UUUACUUUGUAAAUAUUUUUAAAAGUAGUCUUGGAUAUACUUUUGCCGCUCCAAUUGGGAAGAUUAUGAAAAUGGAAUUAGUUCAUGAAAAUUUCUCCAUUUAAUUUCCAGAAAAUGGAAUAAAAACAGAAGAAUCUCGUAUUCCGGGUCGGGUCUCCCAACAAUGGUAACUCGGCAUCGGAUAUUCAACAAACACCUAAUCACUGCCGCCGUUACCGCCGCCGUCACUUUCCAAACCCUAAACCCUAACUCCACCAAUUCCCCUUUCAUCAACAGCAUAAUUCGCUCCACCCGAGCUCUCACCACGAUCAUUUCAACAAUCAUCGACUACAAGUAUACAUUAUCAUGCUUCAAUCUCAGUACAGACGAGUAUCGGCUCGCGCUCACCGAGCUGCACCUACGCUCCGCAAAGCGGAUACUAAAAAUGUGUGAGGCAAAUAAAGGUAUUUACAUUAAAGCUGGACAGUUUGUGUCAGGUGUUAAGCAAGUACCAAAAGAAUAUUCAACGCUAUUGUCGUCAUUACAGGAUCAGUCUGUUCCUUAUAAAUUCGAAGUGAUUGAACAUGUGAUGAAUAAUAAUUUUGGUCCAAAUUCUUUAUCGGAGGUGUUUUUAUCUUUCGAUGAGGAACCGAUUGCUGCCGCAUCUAUUGCUCAGGUACAUCGUGCUGUUUUGAGGAACGAUCAGGAUGUAGCGGUGGAGGUGGCGGUGAAGGUGCAGUAUCCUGGAUUGAAAUUUCAAAUGAAGUUUGAUGUGUUGACAAUGUCUUUGUUAUCGAAAUUUGUUGGAUGGAGUUUCCCUGGAUACAGGUUUCAAUGGAUUGUAUCGGAAUUUGAAAAAUCUAUUGCUUCUGAGCUUGAUUUUAUUGUAGAGGGUAAGAAUUUGGAGAGGAUUAGGGAAAAUUUUAAGGAUAAUUCGAUGGUUAAGGUUCCGAAUGUGUUUUGGGAUUUUACGACUAGGCAGGUUCUAACGAUGGAGUUUUGUGGAGGUCGUAAAGUAGAUGACUUGGAUUUUAUGAAGCAAAGAGGAAUUAGUGAAGUUAAGGUUGCGAAAACUUUGGCGGAAGUUGUUGCAGAAAUGAUUUUUGUUCAUGGUUUUGUACACGGGGACUUGCAUCCUGGUAAUAUAUUGGUCUCUCCCGAAAGGAAGAAUGGAUUUUGUUUGGUGUUGUUGGAUUUUGGGGUUUGUAAACAAUUGGACGAGGAUUUCAGAUUGAAGUAUUGCGAGCUUUGGGAAGCGUUGGUAGUUAUGGACUCGAACAAAAUUCAGGAGAUUGGAGAAUAUUUUGGUGUUGGAAGGUAUUCGAGGUAUUUUCCUGUCAUAUUUACAGGAAGAACUAUUGACAGUAAAUCGUCAAUUGGGAGAGGAAUGUCUGUUGAAGAAAAGAAGAACUUGAAGCAGGAAUUGAAGUCUCUUAAAAUGGAUGACAUAUCUUCCUUCAUGGAAUCUCUGCCUACCGAUUUUCUCACAGUAUUGCGGACCGAUGGACUCCUAAGAUCUCUGAUCAGCAAGUUUGGUGCUCCCGUGACUGUUCGGUUACUAGCAUAUGCUGAAUAUGCAUUGUAUGGACUUUCAUUGAAGGCUGACUCAAUAUCUGAUUCUGCCUUAGGAGUCAUGCUCUUUAGAUUCAAGAUUGGCCUCCGAUAUGUCCAAGUAAGACUCCUGUUUGGGAUACUGGGGCUUGUUUCAUGGCUUGAAAGCAUCAAGCACACGUCAACUAGGAGGCUUAAAGAUUUACUCGCUUCUGCGGGUUAUGUGGUAAGGAACUUGUACCGUCCUUUAUUGAUCGCAUAAUUUAGUCGCCAGUUGUAGACUUGUAGUAGUGAAGAAACUGUCUCAUUUACAUUCAUUCACUUCUUAAGAAGCUUUCUUCGAAAAAAUGUACGUCUCCAAGUGGUAAACUAUAGGGAGGAAAGUUGUUUCUACAAAUUCCAUCCGAUCAUCUGCAAGUGUUCUGUCAUGUGUAGUCUAAAAAUAGACGAAAACCUGUAAAGUUAAUUGCAAUUUCAUAGUAGAUCCUUCUUCUCCUUCACAAACUAUUGGAUCUCAUUGGCAUCCGUGUUCUAAUAUCUGCCAGCACAAUAUGGAUUGCCUUUUAUGAAAAAUCCAACAUCCCUA